AUGUCUCAAGCCGCUCGAUGCAUCUCCUACCCCCAGCGCCCAAGGGUCUUUAUCCUGUCAGAUAUUUCGAAUGAACCAGACGAUGCCGAGUCCCUCGUCAGAUAUCUGCUAUACUCGAACCAGUUCAAUACAGAAGGGUUCGGUGCCGUCACAUCAAAUUGGAUGAAGACAAAAGUAUGUCCGCAGGACAUGCACAAGAUCCUUGAUGCAUACGCUGGCGCAGUUGACAACUUGAAUGCGCAUGCUCACCCUGAUGCACCUUACCCGUCGGCCGAGUCUUUGAAGUCAUUGGUUCGAAGUGGCCCCAACGUGUAUGGCAUGGCCGCUGUCGGUGAUGAUGUCCCGUUGAGCGAUGCGGGAGAGUUGCUACUGGAGCGCGUAUGCGCCAAGGACGAUAGGCCCCUUUGGGUGCUGUGCUGGGGUGGCACGAAUGUCCUCGCUCAGGUUCUCCUGAAGAUUCGCAACAGCCGUAGCGACGAGGAUGCCACCAAGCUGUACUCAAAACUGCGAGUUUAUGCCAUCUCUGACCAGGAUGACACUGGAGCAUGGAUCCGAAACAACUUUCCUUCGGUGUUUUAUAUCGUAUCACUGCAUGCGUGGAACCAAUAUGGUCUGGCUGCAUGGACGGGCAUCUCUGGAGACAACUUCUAUGGGUUCGACAAAGGCGGCCCGGACUUUUCCAAGUUAACGAAGGAAUGGAUGAGGGAGAACAUCCAGAUCGGGCCUCUUGGAUCAGCCUACCCCAACUAUAUGUUUAUUCCUGAGGGCGAUACACCAACAUUCCUGUAUCUCAUUCAGAACGGCCUGGGUGUUUCAGAACGUCCAGACUAUGGCUCUUGGGGAGGACGAUACGCAUUGACAGACAUCAGCGGAAAUGGAGUAUGUAGCCGUCAUCAUCACGAUGCCGCAGACUCGGUAACAGGCCUGGAUGGAAGAACAUACAGAUCGAAUCAGGCUACUGUCUGGAGAUGGAGGGACACCUUCCAGAAUGACUUUGCUGCCCGCAUGCAAUGGACGCUCUCGAAAGACUUCGGGUCCAAGAACCACCACCCGGUCAUAUCAGUCAAUGGUAGCCAAAGCUUUGAGCCUGUGUUCAUCGAAUGCGAGGCAGGCUCUUCAUUCGUUCUUGACGCGUCAGAGACCUACGACCCUGACGAGGGCGACAAGUUGACAUUCAAGUGGUGGCACUACAGGGAGCCGACUGCCACCCAGUGGUGGGUUGAGGCUGAGGUGGAGGAGCUGAAAAUUAAGCCCUUGGACGCAGACAGCCGCAAAGUGGAGGUCGAGCUUCCGCCGCCAGAGAAGUGCGCCGUCGAGCUGAUGAGCCGGCAGGCCGUAGCCAAGGGGCAGUUGAUGCACCUCAUCCUAGAGGUGACCGACAACGGUACUCCGCCACUCACGAGCUACCGGAGGAUCUUGAUACAGUGUACAAACAAGGAUCUGAAAGGUUCCGGAAAAGCAGUGGAUGCUGUCGGCGACAACCCUGACAUGUCUUUUGCCUAA